AACUGACCGGUUUGAGAGCAUGCGCGGUACGCAGAAGUGACCGGUUGGAGAGCAUGCGCAGUACAAAAGUCUUCGGGGCGCUUGUGUGGUGUCGUGCGCCGUCGCUUUUCUCUCGGAGGGAGAUUUUAUUAGAGGCGCUGCCAAUUUUUGCUGCUGCCUCCUGCUCUUGUCUGCUCCUGCUUUCAGCAUGGUAAGGAAGAAUACUAUCCCUAAUGGAUGGAGAAAUGUAUCUUCAGUUGGACAGCCUAUACCUGGAACUCGAUUCAUUGCUUUCAAAGUACCUUUGAAAGGGGCAAUCAAUCAGAGACUGUCUCCAAACCAGAAAUUCACACCAAAAGAUUUGAUUGCUGCAGUGAAAGCUCAAAAUCUGGAGAUCGGCUUAAUUAUUGAUUUAACAUAUACAACAAGAUACUAUGAUAUUAAGGAUUUGCCUAAAACUGUAGACUAUAAGAAACUGUAUACUGUUGGACUUGAGGUCCCAGAUGAUUCUACUAUUCUACAUUUUAAAAAAUGCGUCAGAAAGUUCCUAUGGAAAAAUGCAGAAAAUGAUACACUAAUUGGAGUACAUUGUACUAAUGGAAUUAACAGGACGGGUUACCUUAUAUGUAGAUACCUGAUUGAUGUUGAAGGCUGGGAUCCAGAAACAGCCAUCCAAGCUUUUGGGGAGGCUCGUGGUCACCAUAUGGAUGGUCAGGUAUAUCUGACAGAUCUCAAAACCCAACCAAUGAGAAGCAAUCUUGGAAUGAACGUAUGGGAUGUCGAUACAGAAAUACCACUACCAAGAGAAAUGGAUGAACCUACUGGUAGAUUUCCAAGUGAAGAAUUUCCAAGGCCUGAAAGAAGAUUAAGAGUUUAUGAAGAUUGUCACCCCCAAGAUGACUUACCAGGGCAGAUACAAUUGAGAGAAUUUGAUUUUAUUAACAAGGGUCCUGGACAACGACGAAAACCAUAUCAUGACCUCCAGUUUCAAGAAGAUUUGCAGCCACUAAUGCAAAUAAGGGAAAGGCGUUUUCCUGAAUCUCAGUUUUAUGAUGACUAUCAAGAAGAAAUGCAUCAGGAAGAUUUAGACUUUGCCAUCAGGGACUCGGAACAGUGGCAAAGAUCUUUUCAUGAUCAUCAGUUUUAUGAUAACCUUCCAGAAGGUACACCACGAGGGGACCUUGUUAGUAUGGGCCCUGGAAAGAGGCAGAGACAUUUUCCUGACAGUGAUAUGCCUACAGAUAUGCGGCUUGGUAGGGGGUGUGGACAGAGACGAAGACCAUUUUAUGACCAACAGUCGAAUGAUGAAUUUCAACCACGUAUGCCUUUCCUCCACAUGGGACGUGGGCAACGUAUGAGACCUUUCCAUGACCAUCCCCCUCACGAUGAUGUGCAGCCACCUGUGGGAGAUUUCGAGUUUGUUAACAGAGGCCGUGGACGAAGACUGAGACCUUUCCCUGACCGCCAGCGUGAUAAUGAAGGACGACGAGAGAUGGCAUUAGAAGGUUUUAACGACAGAGAAUCUGAAUCGAGAUGCAGGCCUUUUCAUGAUCGUCAGUUCUAUGAGGAUUUCAGUGAGCCUGCACAACUGAAAGAUUUUGUAGACAGUAGACCUGAACAAGGGAUGAGACCAUUUAAUGACCAUUCAUCUUGUGAUGAGGUGUCAUAUGAAGGAUGUUUAGAAAGAUGUCAGUCUCUGCCUCCUCGUGAGCAUUUCCCAGAUACUUCCUUAUUUUGCAGAGAUUAUGUCUCUGAUAAAGAAGAUUACAACAGAAAUUACAGGGAUAGUUGUCCUAAAGAUUUCAGGAGAAUCCGCCUUUCAAAUGGAAAUAACAAAAGAGGGAAAAGUAGAUUUAUACCAUAUCCCCCACAGCCAAUGCCCCGCCUUUCAUCUGCACACCAGAAAGUUCGUUCAGUUCCAGCGGACUAUGGAAGAGAAGCUCCACAAGAAACUUCAACGGAAAAUGAUCAAGGGAAAAGGUUACCAGUUGUAACAAUUGAUUACAAUUAUGGUUUGCCUUUAGAGUAUGCAUCUGAAGAGGAAGAUCGACCACAUUAUAAUUUACCUUCAAGAGAACAUUAUAUUUAGAAUUGAACCAAGAAAGUGUUUGCAUGCCUGCCUCACCUGUUUCCUCUUGUGUGUGGACCAAAACUUUUUCACUAAGUAGAAAAGCCUAGUGAGACUAGCUCCAGCAAAUGUUUGGUUUUUUACAUCUAAAUAGGGUGUUCAUUUGUUAGGUAUACGUGGAUACAAACGUUUAACAUAAUCUGAAAUUAAAUGUGGAUACUUUUAGUAAAAUUGGAGGACCGUAGCAUAAGACGCCAUAGAAGUUCUGUUCCUUUCUCUUAUUUUGAAAUCCAUAUGAUUGUUCCAGUUUAAAAACUUGUAAUAAGCAAUUUCACUACUGCUUUUAGCAGACUAUCUCUUUGAUAUAUAGGAUUUACCAUAAAUAUGACAAUAAAAAUAAGUAGUUCUGGUAACUGGACAAAUUUA